UAGAAGUUAUCCAUUGAUACCAUGUCAAACUGUACAUUAAAAGCACCCUAAAGGAAAACUAUGAGCCUCUUUUUUAAGGAGGAGGUCAAUGCCUUCUACUUAAUGCCAUGAGGGCUAUGGCUGUGCUCCUUGCUGUACUUUUUUUUUUUUAACAAUGUCUGGUGAGCGAGCUGACGUACCCGGGCCACAGUGUGGGGAACUAUGGUGCUUCUGAACAUCCUGAUCACCGGUACACCAGGAGUUGGAAAAACCACACUAGGCAAAGAACUUGCAUCCAGAUCAGGACUAAAGUACAUUAAUGUGGGUAAUGUAGCUCAAGAAGGGGCAUUAUAUAAUGGCUAUGAUGAAGUGUAUGAGUGUCCCAUUUUAGAUGAAGAAAAAGUAGUUGAUGAGUUAGAGAACCAAAUGGCAGAAGGUGGAGUUAUUGUUGACUACCGCGGUUGUGAUUUCUUUCCUGAACGAUGGUUUCAUGCAGUUUUUGUGUUGAGAACAGAUAACAGUAUAUUGUUCAAAAGACUUGAAACAAGGGGUUAUAAUGAGAAGAAACUAGGAGACAAUAUCGAGUGUGAGAUUUUUCAAGUUCUUUAUGAAGAGGCCAUGUUAUCAUACAAGGAAGAUAUCAUGCACCAGCUGCCCAAAAAUAUGCCUGAUGAGCUAGAGGACAACAUAAACCAGAUCUUGAGAUGGACUGAGCAGUGGGUCAAAGCUCACAACCCAUGCCUGGUCACCUGGUGGUGCCUGUUUGCCCACCUUGUAGACACGGCCUCCAAGUAUCUGUAA